AUGGCUGUCGAGGAUAAGACUCAACAGGGCAGGGGGUCGACUAGCUGGUUAACUCUGGGGUUGAUAGCAUCGUGGUACAUAUGCAAUAUCGGCGUUCUGCUGCUGAACAAGUUUCUACUCAGCAAUUAUGGCUACAAGUACCCUAUCUUCUUGACAAUGUGUCACAUGGCUGCAUGCUCACUCUUCAGCUACAUAGCGAUUGCAUGGAUGAAGCUUGUACCGUUGCAGGCAAUAAGGUCAAGGUCGCAAUUCCUCAAAAUUGCAGCUCUGAGUGCCAUAUUCUGCUUCUCGGUGGUCAGUGGGAACAUAUCGCUGAAAUACCUCCCAGUGUCCUUCAAUCAAGCGAUUGGGGCUACAACUCCGUUUUUCACCGCUUUCUUUGCGUACAUUAUGACUUUUAAACGGGAGGCUUGGGUGACUUAUGCUGCCUUGAUACCAGUGGUCAUGGGAGUUGUCAUUGCCAGUGGGAGUGAGCCGAGCUUUCAUCUAUAUGGGUUCAUUAUUUGCAUCGCAGCUACCGCAGCUAGAGCCUUGAAGACAGUGGUGCAGGGCUUGCUCCUGCAGUCUGAUGGGGAAAAGCUGAACUCCAUGAACCUUCUGCUCUACAUGGCUCCGAUAGCUGUGGUUCUGCUGGUGCCAGCCACUUUAAUCAUGGAGGACAAUGUGCUUGGCAUUACAAUCAAGCAAGCUAAGGAAGAUUGGGGAAUCCUUCCUUUGCUGGCUAUCAACUCGGCAACAGCGUACUUUGUGAAUCUCACCAAUUUCUUGGUCACCAAGUACACAAGCCCUUUGACACUGCAGGUUCUUGGCAAUGCGAAAGGCGCUGUUGCCGUGGUUGUAUCCAUCCUCCUCUUCAGAAAUCCUGUGACGGUGGUGGGAAUGAUUGGCUACAGCAUUACAGUCAUUGGGGUUGUGCUGUACAGUGAAGCAAAGAAGCGCAGUAGCAAGCAAAGCGAAACAUGA